AUGGAUAGACGAAAAGAUACCUCACUCACGGAGGCUACCACAAUUCCCCUCCACAAGAAGCUACCCGGCACAGAACCAAAGACUUACCGAGAAAUAUCACUGCUGCGUGUAAUGUGCUAUAUUUUGGACCGAAUUACCCUGUAUCGGCUUGUCAAAUAUUGCGAAGAAGUCACUCGUGAUAAACAAGCCGACCUUUGGCCUGGUUUAUCGACGAUUGACCAGCAGUUCAUUGUCAGGAGAGGGAUCGGUGUGUGGCAGCAGUAUUUGAAGCUUGCGCAGUUAACCCUCCUCACCUAA